AUGAUCGAUGAUAUAAUCCACUUCUCCUCAGCUAAGACUCAAAUGCCGAGCGCGAUUAUUACUGGGGCCUCUUCAGGAAUCGGCCGCGAGAGCGCAAUCGCGCUGGCCAAAGCAGGCUGGCAUGUCGCCCUCACUGCACGUCGCAAGGAUGCGUUAGAAGAAACCAAACAACUGUGUGGAUCGGACGAAGGACGGACUCUCGUUCUCGCUGGCGACGUGACCGACGAGGAGUUUGUCCGUGCAUUAUUUGAGGAGACAGUGAAGCGAUUCGGUCGUUUGGAUCUCCUGUUCAACAAUGCCGGUGUCGGCGCCCCAGCCAUCCCGCUCGAAGAGCUAUCCUUGGAAACCUUUCAACGCGUUAUCUCUGUAAAUCUUGUGGGGCCAUUCCUUUGUGCACGUGAGGCCGUCCGUGUCUUCAAAGCGCAGAAGCCGAUGGGUGGUCGGAUUGUCAACAAUGGUUCGAUUUCGGCCCACACCCCUCGCCCAUUUUCAGCACCAUAUACCGCUUCAAAGCAUGGCAUCACAGGACUGUCCAAAUGCAUUUCUCUGGAUGGACGAGCAUUCGACAUCACCUGCACGACCCUUGAUAUUGGAAAUGCUGCCACGAAGAUGACGAAACGUAUGGACGACGGUGUACUCCAACCUGAUGGCCGCAUUAUGCCAGAAGCGACUUUCGAUGUGGCUCAAGUUGGUGCUGCGCUGGUUUACCUCGGCAGUCUCCCGCCAGACGUAAACGUGCCCCAUUUCACUAUCAUGGCUAACAAGAUGCCAUUUGCGGGAAGGGGGUAA